UUUUCAAUGAAGGAAGUGAAAAGUCAGAUUUUUGUUACACAACCACACCAAAAAAAAUUGAUCGAUUCAAGAGUUCUUUCAACGUUUGGAGUAGAGAGAGUUUGACCAUUUGGAAGUCUCUGAGCGACGACUAGUUGCGACAACGCCGGUGGGGCAUGACGGUCGCGGCGGGGAUCGGGUACGCGCUGGUGGCUUUGGGACCGUCUCUUUCACUUUUCGUCUCUGUCAUCUCCAGAAAGCCCUUUCUCAUCCUCACUGUUCUCUCCAGUACAUUGCUGUGGCUUGUGAGUCUGAUCAUCUUGUCGGGAUUGUGGAGACCUUUUCUUCCUCUCAAAGCCAAUGUGUGGUGGCCUUAUGCUUUACUUGUUAUCACCUCUGUCUGUUUCCAGGAAGGCCUUCGCUUUCUGUUCUGGAAGGUUUACAAGAGGCUUGAGGAUGUCUUGGAUUCCUUUGCGGAUCGUAUCUCAAGGCCCCGCCUGUUUCUCACUGAUAAGCUGCAGAUUGCUCUAGCUGGUGGCUUAGGUCAUGGUGUGGCGCAUGCUGUCUUCUUUUGUUUGAGCCUCUUAACUCCAGCGUUUGGUCCGGCCACAUUCUAUGUCGAAAGAUGUUCGAAGGUGCCAUUUUUUCUCAUCUCUGCAAUCAUUGCUCUUGCAUUUGUUACGAUCCACACAUUCUCGAUGGUCAUUGCUUUCGAAGGGUAUGCAAAAGGGAACAAAGUAGAUCAAGUAAUAGUUCCAGUCAUACACCUUGCUGCUGGAAUGUUGACAUUGGUGAAUUUUGCAUCGGAAGGUUGUGUGAUCGGCAUUCCUCUUCUUUACCUUGUGGCAUCUUUGACUCUUGUGCAUUGUGGAAAAAUGGUUUGGCAAAGGUUGUUGGAAAGCCGGAACCAAAGCAGCGCCUCACGGUAAUCUGGCCUCGGUCCCAGGUCUCAUCUAAAAUUACACUAGAACAGUCGUUAGCAUCAUUUUAUCUCUUGACUUGGUUUCUUGCUUGCAAAUCUCAUUCGUCUUUAUCCCCUAAUUGCUUCGAAACUUAAACCGUCAUGUUAUAAACGCACUUAUGAUCCUAAAUUAUCAAAAAAGCCGAGAAAUUUUUAUCAUUGAA